AUGUCCACCUCGAUCCCGAUCCCGAGUGUGCACUACUCCGGUGGCGGCGGCACGUCGCCUCGUUCGCGCCCCCUGCCUUCGCCCGGCAGCUCGUCCCGCUCACCGUCCCAGUCGUCUCUGUCCUCGUACCGAGCCCAGGUGGCGCCUUACCCCCGCCGGCCGUCGCAGGACGAGCGCGGUGAGCAGGGGCGGGAGCGCUUCCUCCCGCCCCCCAACAGCGGCACGCCGCUGCACGUCCUUCACGAGCGGGAGCGUGAGCGCGAACUCCGCGAGAGGGAGCUGCGCGAGCGCGAGAUGCGGGAGAGGGAGCUGAUGAGGGAGCGCGAGCGCGACCCGCGUGACCCGCGCGAGAGGGACCCCCGCGACGCCGUCCACUCUAGGGACGGAAGGGACCACCUGCGCGACCUGGACGAGCGCGAGCUCCUCCUGCGCGAGCGUGAGUUCCGUGAGCGUGAGCUGCUUCGUGAGCGCGAGCUGCUCCGUGAGCGGGAACUGCUCCGCGAGCGCGAGCUCCGCGAACUCCGGGAGUACCGCCAGCAGCAGCAGCAGCAGGCCGCCGGCCGCCCCGCCCUCCCCCGCGCCCAGAGCGACAGGUACAGCGACCGCUACUCUCUGCCCAGCUUUGCCAGCAUUGCGACCUCGCCGACCUCGGCCAUGAACCCCUCCAUGGGCCCGCCGGCGCACCCCUCCCCGCCAGGCGGCAGCCCCAAGGGUCUCCGCCCCUCUUACAGCUACGAGGCGUCUUCGCCGCGCAACGCCCCCGCUCCAGCGGGGGUGCUACCGCUCCUCGCCGCCCCAGGCUGCCGAGGUCUCCCCGCCCCUGCGGAGCAUCAACUCCCUCUACGCGCACGACGGUACUACUCUCCUCCUGUUGCUGCGGCGCCUCAGCCCGGCCCGGGUGGAGGGGCCAAGAGCCGCCGCCUGGCUCACCUCAUGAGCGAGCAGAAGCGGCGCGAGAGCAUCAACACGGGCUUCAAGAGCCUGCGCAACGCGCUCCCCUCCGCGAUUCCCACAGACUCCAAGGCCAUCAUCCUCCGCAAAGCCGUGCUGCACAUCAACUACCUCCAGGAUGAGCUCAAGAAGCUCUCCGCCGCCAACGGCGCCCCGACUCCCGUUCUGACGAGGGGCACGUCAGGCAACUCGGCAGCCGAGGUCGACGAGAUCAUGGAGCAGGACCCGGAGGAGGAGCAGGACGAGAUCGAGGAGCAGGACGACGACGUCGCGGCCGUCACGCCAAAGGUGUCCAACCUCCACGUCAAGACGGGCGCGGGAGGCAAGUGGGAGGUCGAGACGAUCGAGAACAUCGACAUUGACCGCAAGCCCAACAUUGUCGUUUAG